AUGGCCGACAACGACCCCGACGCACCCGUGGACGAGCAGCAGGUUCCUCAAGAUGACGCUCUGCUCGCGGCAGACGCCCCCACGAGCGAUGCACCUGCCGAAUCCUCCAACUUGCCCGAGGGCGAGGCCACGGACAUUCCCCCUGGCGACGAGGACAAGGCCCGAGAUUACUCGGCCAUGAGAAAUGCGUUCAUGGAGGCGUCGUCCGUCGUGCCAAAGUCGGCGGCGCCAGGAGCGCUGACGGCCGAGCUCGUUGGGCAGAACCUCAGUCUGCUGGCCAGGACCGGCAACGGCCUCAACCAUGCAUACACGCGUCUGGAGAUCCACAACAAGGACAUCACAAAUCUCGACAUUCUCGAAAACUACCCGCAUCUGCGCUAUCUGGAUAUGUCCGACAACCGCAUCUCCGACAUCGACGCUCUGUCGUCGCUCGAGUAUCUUCUCUCGCUGGAUCUGCACAGCAACAGCCUCCGCGUCAUCCCGGCAGCGAUCGACAAGAGAAAGUACCUCCAGCAGGCCAACUUUGCCAAAAACUCCAUCGAGCGCAUCGAUGUGGUAUCCUGGCCGAUGCUGGGAUGGCUGAAUAUCUCGGAGAACCAGCUUACGGUUCUGAACCUCGAAGAGUUCAGCGAGCUUGUUCACCUCGAAGCCCGUCUCAACAAGCUGACCCAUACCUCUGGAAUCCGAGCACCCAAGGUCCAGCGGAUGUACUUGGCACAGAACCAGAUCAGGCACCUCGUCGAUCUGGACGACAAGCCCAAUCUCAUUUUGCUGCAUCUGCGCGAGAACUUUAUCGAGACUCUCGACGGAAUCAACGAGAAUCUCAAGUCACUCUCGUAUCUCAAUCUCCGAGGCAAUCGCAUUAGUUCUUUUGACCAAAUCGACCACCUCGCGGUCCUUCCAAAUCUCAAGUCGCUGAGCUUGGUCGAAAACCCUAUUACUGAGCUGCCCAACUACCGCCUGGAGAUUAUCAUGCGCCUCAAGAAGCUCGAGCGCCUGGACAAAGAUCCCGUCACUGAGGACGAGCGCGAGGAGGCAGAACAGUACCAUCUGCAGCUCGAGAAAGCCCGGAAGGACGCCGAGGAUGUACACGAAGAUGCCGCCGAGGAGGAUCAUUGA